AAGGUGGCCGGCUGGGGUUCCGGGGUCAAUGAGUCGUCGUCUUCCCCUUCCCGCGAAUCGGAAUGGCGACGACUGCUCCAUUUUGAGUCGUCGUCGUUUUGCGAACGAACCCAGAUCGAAUCCUACUUGCUCCCAGCUUUCCAAAAUAAAAACUCCUUCUUGCUCAGUGAAGACUGCGCCCAUUCUCGCUCGCUCGCAUUCACAACCAAACCUCGUGCUCGGUCUUCAGAAGCUCAUAGCUCGGGCUCGCUCUGAAACCUCAAAAGAUGGAGGUGGAGACGGCGCUGCCUCCGGCGGUGUUGGAUAUUAUGGAUUCUCCUAGGUGCCAGUCGGAUAAGCUGGGAUCUUCCUCGCCCGUGGCGGGGAGUGGCCGCGGCGGCGGCGGCGGCGAGAAUGGCGCGGCGACCAAGCUGCAGAAGGUGUACCGCAGCUACCGGACCAGGCGGAAGCUCGCCGACUCCGCCGUCGUCGUCGAGGAGCUCUGGUGGCAAGCGCUGGAUUUCGCACGGCUCAAUCACAGCACCGUUUCCUUCUUCGACGAACCCAAGCCGGAGACCGCCGCCUGCCGCUGGAACCGCGUCACCCUCAAUGCAUCCAAGGUGGGACAGGGUCUAUCCAGAGACGGCAAGGCUCUGAAGCUUGCUUUCCAGCACUGGAUCGAGGCUAUUGACCCACGGCAUAGGUAUGGGCACAACCUGCAUUUCUACUAUGAUGUCUGGUGCCAAAGCCAGGCCGGCCAGCCGUUCUUCUACUGGCUUGAUAUCGGGGAGGGAAAAGAUGUAGAUCUCUCUGAGUGUCCAAGAACUCUGCUGAAGAAGCAAUGCAUAAGAUAUCUUGGUCCGCAAGAGCGUGAGCAUUAUGAAUACAUCAUUAAGGAGGGAAAGAUAAUCCAUAAACAGUUUGGAGAACCACUUGAUACAAGCCAGGGUCCUCAAGUGACUAAAUGGAUUUUUGUUAUGAGCACAACAAAAAGACUUUAUGCUGGCAAGAAAGAGAGAGGUGUGUUCCAGCACUCAAGCUUUUUAGCAGGAGGAGCUACAAUUGCUGCAGGAAGAUUUACUGCAGAAAAUGGAGUUAUCAAGUCCAUCUGGGCCUAUAGUGGUCACUACAAACCAAGCGCAGAGAACCUCAGCAAUUUCAUGAACUUUCUUGAAGAGAAUGGAGUUGAUCUCAAACAAGUUGAGGUGCCUUCAUCCACCAAAGAAGACUACAAUGAAGAUCCGGUGCCUGAUGGCUCACGGAGCCUUACUGCUGCAAUCAUGGGAUCAGUUCCUCCAGAAUUGAUCCCCCCUCCAAACAUGGCAGAAGGCGACGAAGGCGAGAAUGCUCCUACAGAACAAGCCAAACCAACAUACCAAAGAACCUUAUCAGGUGGUCUGCAAAGCCCCAAAGCCACCGAAGUCCCGCAGAAGGCAAUUCUUGAGAGGAUGAAAUCCAAGAGCGAGUCCAAGUCCUAUCAGCUCGGCCACAGGCUGUCCCUGAAAUGGAGCACCGGGCUUGGUCCAAGAAUUGGAUGCGUCAAGGACUAUCCAAUGGAGCUCAGAACGCAGGCUCUGGAGAUGGUAGACCUCUCACCAAGGGCAUCAACACCAUCGGCCUCAAGGAAGCUACCUUCAUGCUUCUCCCCCACCAAAGCUACCUCACCAACAUCGCCACUGGCGCCAAUGCAGAACUCCCUGGCCCAGCCAAGUGGAGUAGAAGCUUAGAAGACCUUAUGACAAGCAACUAGCGCGCACGGCAGCCUGAAACCUUUGCUGUUCAGCUGUUGGAUUACUGUAGUUCUGCAUUGUCAUUUUUCUAUACUGCAAAGCUUGGGCACUUGGUUUGUUCUUAAGUACAACCUUGCGAUAAUCUUUUGAAGAUAAUCCUUUUUCAGGCAAUAAAGGCAUUUUUUACGUCA